AGGCGCACAUCUGUCCACUGUUGCUCAAGGUGCACAUCUGGCCGCCGCAGCUGGUUCCGGGGCUGGUUGGAUGGUGCAGGCUGAGCUGCUACGUGGGCUAGCCUCGGUUCGGGCUUUCCCUCCCCACCAGCGGCUGAACCGCGGGCCCUGCCAGGCAGCGGGACAAACGGGCCGAAGGGUGGGGACCAGGGCGGAGCGAGGCGUUAGUGAAGGGUUCGGGGGCCGCUCUCCCCAGCUCUGAGCUGAGCCCCAGCCCGAGCCGCUGCCGGCCCGCCGCUAUGUCCACCAAGGGCAAGAAGUGGAAGGAACCGGCGAGCGGGAGAGUGACCUUCCCGGCUCAGGAGGACGAGGAGCAACAGCUGCAGCAGCAGCAGCGCGGCGGCCGCUGGGGCUGGAGGGGAGUCAAUGGUGGGCUGGAGCCGCCGCCCCGGUCUGGCUACUGGGAGAACCCGGCCGAGCCCCUAGGCGGAGAGUUGCCUCGCUCCCCGCUGGGCAGCAGCCUGUCUGUGGAACGAAGCCCAUGCAUGACCAAGAGGCUGGCCAUGAGGGAGAAGGGCCGGCGGCAGGCAGUGCGCGGCCCGGCGUUUAUGUUUAACGCCCGCGGGCCGAGUCUCACCGCGGAAGAGGAGCGCUUCCUGGACGCCGCCGAGUACGGAAACAUCCCGGUCGUGCGCAAGAUGCUCGACGAGUCGGAGACCUUGAACGUGAACUGCGUGGACUACAUGGGCCAGAACGCGCUCCAGCUGGCCGUGGGCAACGAGCACCUGGAGGUGACGGAGCUGUUGCUCAAGAAGGACAACCUGAGCCGCAUCGGCGACGCGCUGCUGCUGGCCAUCAGCAAGGGCUAUGUGCGCAUCGUCGAGGCUCUGCUGAGCCACCCGGGAUUCGCGGCCGGCCGCCGCCUGACGCUGAGCCCCGGGGAGCAGGAGCUGCGGGACGACGACUUCUACGCGUACGACGAGGACGGCACGCGCUUCUCCCCGGACAUCACGCCUGUCAUCCUCGCCGCGCACUGCCAGAAGUACGAGGUGGUGCACAUGCUGCUGACCAAGGGCGCGCGCAUCGAGCGGCCGCACGACUACUUCUGCAAGUGCCCGGACUGCUCCGACAAGCAGAGGCGCGACUCCUUCAGCCACUCGCGCUCGCGCAUUAACGCCUACCGCGGCCUGGCCAGCCCGGCCUACCUGUCCCUGGCCAGCGAGGACCCCGUGCUCACGGCGCUCGAGCUCAGUAACGAGCUCGCCAAGUUGGCCAACAUCGAGAAGGAGUUCAAGAAUGAUUAUCGGAAGCUCUCCAUGCAAUGCAAAGACUUCGUGGUAGGUGUGCUAGACCUUUGCCGAGACUCCGAAGAGGUUGAGGCCAUCCUCAAUGGAGAUGUGGAUUCAAUGGAGGCAGUAGUUGGGCAGCGCCAUAGAGCAUCCCUGAGUCGUGUAAAGCUCGCCAUCAAGUAUGAAGUAAAAAAGUUUGUGGCUCAUCCCAACUGUCAGCAGCAGCUUUUGACUAUCUGGUACGAGAACCUCUCAGGAUUACGGGAACAGGCCAUCGCUAUCAAGUGUUUGGUGGUAUUGGUUGUGGCCUUGGGACUGCCAUUCCUGGCCAUUGGCUACUGGAUUGCCCCAUGUAGCAGGCUUGGAAAAAUCCUCCGAAGCCCAUUCAUGAAAUUUGUGGCCCAUGCUGCUUCCUUCAUUAUUUUCCUGUGCCUGCUGGUAUUCAAUGCCUCGGACAGAUUUGAGGGCAUUACAACGCUCCCAAACAUCACGGUCAUCGACUACCCAAAGCAAAUCUUCAGGGUGAAAACAACCCAGUUCACCUGGACUGAGAUGUUAAUCAUGGUCUGGGUUCUCGGGAUGAUGUGGUCGGAAUGUAAGGAGCUCUGGCUCGAGGGGCCGAGGGAAUACAUUUUACAGCUGUGGAAUGUGCUCGAUUUUGGGAUGCUUUCCAUCUUCAUCGCAGCCUUCACAGCCCGAUUUCUAGCCUUUCUUCAGGCCACCAAAGCACAGCAGUAUGUGGACAGUUAUAUUGAAGAAAGUGACCUCAGUGAAGUCACUCUGCCUCCAGAGAUACAGUAUUUCACUUAUGCUAGAGAUAAAUGGCUCCCCUCUGAUCCUCAGAUCAUAUCAGAAGGCCUCUAUGCAAUAGCUGUUGUGCUCAGCUUCUCCCGGAUUGCCUACAUCCUGCCAGCCAAUGAAAGCUUCGGCCCCUUGCAGAUUUCUCUCGGCAGGACUGUGAAGGACAUCUUCAAGUUCAUGGUCCUCUUCAUUAUGGUGUUCCUGGCAUUUAUGAUUGGGAUGUUCAUAUUGUAUUCCUACUACCUGGGGGCCAAAGUCAACCCUGCUUUUACCACUGUGGAAGAAAGCUUCAAGACUUUGUUUUGGUCCAUAUUUGGAUUAUCUGAAGUGACAUCCGUGGUGCUCAAGUAUGACCACAAAUUCAUUGAAAAUAUUGGUUAUGUUCUAUAUGGAAUAUACAACGUCACUAUGGUUGUGGUCCUUUUGAACAUGCUGAUUGCAAUGAUUAAUAGCUCUUACCAGGAAAUUGAGGAUGACAGUGAUGUUGAAUGGAAGUUCGCUCGCUCAAAACUUUGGUUAUCUUACUUUGAUGAUGGAAAAACAUUACCCCCACCCUUCAGUCUGGUGCCCAGUCCCAAAUCCUUUAUUUAUCUCAUCAUGCGGAUUGUUAAUUUUUCCAAGUGCAGGAGGAGAAGACUGCAGAAGGAUAUAGAAAUGGGAAUGGGUAACUCCAAAUCCAGGUUAAACCUCUUCACUCAGUCUAACUCCAGAGUUUUUGAAUCACACAGUUUUAACAGCAUUCUCAAUCAGCCAACACGCUAUCAGCAAAUAAUGAAAAGGCUCAUAAAGCGUUAUGUUCUGAAAGCCCAGGUAGACAAGGAGAAUGAUGAAGUCAAUGAAGGUGAACUGAAAGAAAUAAAACAAGACAUUUCAAGUCUGCGCUAUGAACUUUUGGAAGACAAGUCCCAAGCAACAGAAGAGUUAGCAGUUCUGAUCCAUAAACUCACAGAGAAACUAAAUCCCAGCAUGCUGAGGUGUGAAUGACUCAAGAGCCUGGGAUCUGUUGUUGACUAUAGCACAAACACAGGCAAUAAUAUUUCUAACAGCUAUUUGGUGGGGGGGAAGACUAUGUCAAUUUUUCAUAUAAAUUGCCUUUAUUAUGUGAAUCUUUCCUUGAAAGCUAAGACUUUGAGACCUGUUAGUUCAAUCCAUCAACAAAAUAAUUUUAUUCUAAUUGUCUGUGCUCUUUUUACCUUUUUAAAAAAAUAAGAGAAUUUUACAAAAAAGUCUAGUUAUAGAGGGCUAAUCAGGGAUCAGCUGGAUGAAGGUAGAGGGAGGUAAGCAGAGGUUUGACAUUUUGGUUGGAUCUCCCUUAAGAAGAUGUAGACUUGUCUAUUGUGUGAUGUUGUAGAAAGAGUAUUUAGAUAUAUUUUGAAUCACAGGACCUUGGGUUGAAUCCUGUUUCAUCCAUUUACUAUAGUUGUGAUUUAAGGCCAUUCAAUUUCCCUCUCUCAGUUUCUUCAUCUGUAAAAUAGGGGAGUGAGAAGAGAUGACCUCCACGAUCCUUGCCAGUUGAAAAAAAUCUAUGGUAAUCAAUUAGAUCAUGAUGAUUUUAUUGAGAAGACUGAAAACAUCUCCAGAGCUUAAGUACUUGCAAGUUAUUGAGGUCCUCUGAUUAAGAGUGAUUAAAUUUUUUGGGUACAAUUAGAUUGAUUCAGGCUAUGAAUUUGAGCUACCUCUCUGUAUUAGUAGGCACAAAAGGACCACUUGGUCUGAGUGUAGGUCUUCUGAGAGAUCCAGAGAUAGUUCAAAUCAGAGAGGUGAGAGCAGAUUAAUAACCCUGAGUAGGAGUGGGAGUGCAGAGUUAAAACUUCAAAGACUCCCCAGGAACCAAUCUUCCUUCCUCACAGUCACAGGGAUGGCAUCUAUAGAGUACCAUCCAACCUCAGAAGACCUCCUCUGUCCCAUCAUGGAGGUAUUAAUGGACAUUUUCACAUUCAUAUGGAAAACCAAAAUCUUGAACCAAGGCUCACUUCCUUAUAAAUUCAUCAAGUUGAUCAGCCUCUCCUAAUCAACUCUCUAUAAUACAUUAAACUAUCAUGGAUUGAUCAUUUUCCUUUAUUUACAACUGACCCUUGAUCAUUUACACUAAUUGGUUGACCAGAAAAAGAAAUUGUCUAAACCACAUCUUCCCUUGCAGCAAAUAGUCCAAAAAGAUUUCUUUGGAGAACUGUUGAAGAAUAAAUACACAUUUGAAUAUACAUCUAUAUGAAUAUAUAUAUAUAUGUUUGAAUAUACAUAUAUAUUCAAAUAGGGCUCAGGGAUAAUUGCUGAGACUUUUUUUUGGUUCUGAAAUUAUCAAUGUUGCCUUUGAGCCAUGAGCUUUGAGUCAAGAGCUUGAUAGCAAGAAGAUGUAUUGUAUUGUCCAAAGCAAUGAACAUUAUUUUGUGCUUUAUUUAUAUAUCUGCAUAUCCAUGAUGUAUAUUGUGUCCUUUCAGUCUAAGAUUCUCUUUAUCUUUCUCAAGUUAAUUUGAAUUUAGUCCCAAGGGCAUUUUCGCAGGACAGAGACUUUAAAUUCUCUGCCAGGCUGAAACCUUCUUGCAGGUUUCUCAUUGUUGCUUCUCAUGUUUAGCAGCUCAAUGUAAUAGUCACACUUAGUGAACUUUGAGUUUUUUAUGUUUUUUUUUUAUGUAAAGAAAUCAUGCACCAAAAUGAAGAGUAACAAAAGAAAAGUCCCAAGAGCUGUAUAGACAUAGCUAGAUUCUUGUCUGGGAAGUUUUGGGAAUGCUGCAUAAAUGUGACUAGAUACUUGUAUGGCCAGCAGAUGUCCCCAAGGAGAGCAGAUUGGUUAAGGAAAACUUUCUCCCUUCUAAUAGAAUGGGACAAGUCUUAAUCUCCCAGAUUAUUCUUGCUUCUGCCUAUAAAUCUUGUGUAUAGAGAUUACCUUUCCAAUGGCCGAUCCCUCUUUCCCCCUCCUCAUCUCUGAAAACUUAUUGGGGAAGAAAGUUAAAAAUUGCCCAAUCUGCUUUUAAACAGAAUUUCCAGGAAUAAAGAGAUAAACUCCCAAUUUUAGCUCAGGGCAAUGGCUCACAGGUUCUCAUAGUUGUCCUUUCCCCCCUAUUAUUUUUAGGAAAUUAUUAAUGAAAAUUAUUAAUAAAAACAAAAAUCAGAUCCUUCUGGUUAGAGUUACAGGUUAGUUGUCAGAUAACCUGUAAAAAUAUUUUUAUUCAAACAGUUACUUAGUCCUCCUAAUCUUCAUACCUAAAUAAAAACAGAAGCAUUUUUAAAUUGUGCUUGAUCUAAAGUAAACCAGAGUUGAAGUGCUAAUAAAUAAGGGAUAGCUUAACAAAAGUUAAAAAAAAAAAAAAGAUUUUAGGAUUUACAUCUUGAGUCUUUUAGAUAGAAAAGGAAGGGGGGAGGCAAAAAAGGAAUUCACUAAAAAUUUGGGUUUCCUCAGAAAAGCCCAAUCUCAUUCUCCCUAGAAGGAGUCUUAUGAAAUAUCCAGAUCUGUAAGCAAGAGAUAUCAGAAACUUAGUGCUUGUAAGUCCUCAUGCCAAACAUUCUCCAUUGCUGCUGCUACUGCAACCACCUGCUUUUUGUCUCCAGUAUAGGUAAUUGAGAUUUUGUGGACCAACCUAACCCUGCCCUUCUAAAAUCCCUUCCAGUCCAAAAUUGUGUAAUUCAUCCUGUCUCUUUUCAAGUAAGCAGGGAAAUCUGUCUAUGAAAUACUCAAUUGUAUCCCAAUGAUCUCUUAUACUUGCCUGAUGAUCAUGGGCAAUUCUAUCUCUAGGGGAACAUCUGUGUCCAUCACUGCCAACUCCUACUGAGAAAUGUUUUCAUCUUACCAAAUCAUUCUAGUCCAUCUUUUUCUGGUUUUGGUUCUAUAUCUGCAAUUUAAUCUCUGUAGAGAACUCUUUAUUGUGUCAGAGGCAAAUCUUCACCCCAGGUCUUUUCAACUUCAAAGCUGGUUCUCUAUCUACUAUGUCACACUGCCUCUUCAACUACAAUAUAAAAACCAGCACAUUUGUAUUUGAAGUCUAUUGGAAUGCAUUUGAAUACUCCUACAAUGCCUCAAACUCAAAUAUAGGAAGGCCAUCAUAAAAGAUGGAGAUUAUAUUUCUAUUUGCCACAAAAGAAAAGAAAUAGGAACAAUAUGUGAAGAUAAAAGGGUUGCAGAGAGUUAGAUUUGGGUCCUAUAUUAGGAAUGACUUUCUAGCAUCCUGGGCUGCCCCAGCAUGGAGUGUGCUGUCUCAUAAAGCAAUGGAUUUUUCCUUUUGUUAUUGGAGAUCUUCAAAAUUCUAUAAAGAAUUGAGUUUCAAGCCAAUAAGGCAUUGUAGCACAAGGAUUUGUACUUACCAAAUGAUUCAGCAAAAAGCAGGGAAAGACUCAAAGGGACUUCUACCAGCUAGUUUAAAUCACUUAGAGAUUUAUAUCCUGAAUCAUGAGUCUGUCCUGUUUCCCCCUCCCCUAAUCCCCUCCCCCCCAAGCUGUUCCCAUAGCACUUCGUUAGGAAUGUAAAUUGUAUAUUUUUUUUCUUAGUACAUUCAGAUGAAAAAGCCCUGCUUGAGUGGUAGAGCUAAAUACAGCUUCCUCAAUUCAGUGGCAUCUGGAGAUGCUCGUAAUUUUCCAAGUGAUAUAUUUUACAAUUUCUACCUUGAGCAUUUUGUUUCCGUUGCCAUUAGGGGGAAAGAAUCCCUUUAUGCUAUACCAAUAGCAUAUUCAUUCUAAAUAGCUUUCCAAAUUUCACAUGUAUUUUACAGUUAAAUAUUUGAUGUGAAGCCUCUGGUGUUAAUAAAAGACUGAAUAUUUUUCUAGUGUUAUGUGUUAAUAUGCCCUUAUAUUGACUGUGACAAAACUAUGAACUUUCGGUACUAUUUAAAUCCAGAAAUCUCUUGCUCUGUAGUCGAGACAGGUCCUAGCACAAAAAAAGAAAUGCCUUUAGCAACCUACAAUAGAUUGAUUAUAAGGUAAUUAAGAACAAAGGCAGUCUUUUGCCUCCUUUUUUUUUUUUUUUUUAAACCAUUCUUUCUGUUUAGCAACAGUCCCUGGCAUGUUAGGUGCUUAAUAAAUGUUUAUUGGGCAGCUAGGUGGUGCAGUGGAUAGAGCACCAGGCCUAGAAUCAGGAAGACCUCAAUUAAAAUCUGACCUAAGACUCUUACAAGCUGUGUAACUCUGGGCAAGUCACUUAACCCUGUUUGCCUCAGUUUCCUCAUCUGUAAAAUGAGCUGGAGAAGGAAAUAGCAAACCACUCCAGUAUUUCUGCCAUGAAAACCCCAAAUGGGGUAACAGAAAGUGGGACAUAACAUGACUUAAUAACAACAAAUAUUAAGGAUCUGAAUAUAAGUUCCUGGUGGGCUAAGGGCAAAAAUAUCCAGGGACCAAGAAGUUACUUCUUUCUUCCUUCUGGCCAGUCUAUCAGCAUAAGCAGUAUAAAACAGUGAAGCUGUGCCCCACUGAGUCAAUGUUCUAUCUUUAGUGAAUAUCUUCUCCCUUCUAUGAAUAAAUUAACCUUCCUUUAGUGAUUUCCAAAUGAUCUACAAGUGUUUCACUGCCUAAGCUCAAAUCUGAGCUACUGGAUUCUCCUGAAUCAGAGCUUGGCUUAUUAAACAGUAUUAAAAGUGAAAAAGGAGAAUCCACAACAAAGGAAGAGAAAGGAGAUUAUUAGAACCUAUUUUCUUCAAUCAUGUACUUAAAAAAAUCUUUUAAUACUGGAACAUUUACAAAAAUAUAAAAUACCUUGAUUCAUAGAAUAAGAAAUCUAUUGUUUAAAUAACAGUCUCAGAAAAAGAAAUUGGAAAAACCAUAAAUGCAUUCUCUUCCCCCCAAAAAAAACCCUCCCCAAACAGAUGGAUUUAAAAGUAAAUUCUAUUAAACAUUUUUUCUUUAAAUGUUUUUUUUUAAAUAGAAAUUUUUAAAUCAUUUUUUAAAAAUAGAAAAAGAUUAAGUUAUACAAAAUUCCUUCAUGGAUAGUCUUUAUAUUUAAACCAGGAAGAGGCAAAACAAAGGUAGAAAACUAGAUUGAUAUUCAUAAUGAAAAUUGAUGCAAAAAAUUAGUAAAGAGGUUAUAGGAAUAUAUUUAAAAUAAUAUAAGCUAUGACCAAGCUGUAUUUAUACCAGGGUGGUACUAAAUUGGGAAAAACUGCCAGGUUAUAAGUAGAUUUGUAUGUUAUAGCACAACCAUGAGACAUUACAGAUUGAUACAGAAUCUAGAUUUAAAAGAUCACAUAACAAAUUUAGAGAAAUAGGGAAAGAGAUACCUUUUACUGCUAUGUAUUAAAAAAAUGACUUUUGAGCAAGUAAGAGGGAUAGAGAGACAAAAAAUGGACCAUUUUUAUUGCAUAAAAUUGAAAAGUUUCUGUAUGCACAAACCAUUAUGAUCAAAAUUAAAAGGAACAAUAAAAAAGGUUGAAAUCUU